AACUGAAGAGGAGAUAUGACGGAAUAUGAUGAUCGCAGCUGUGCGUCAAAUAUGUUUUUACCGAGCUGCACUUAUUACGUUUCGUCGCCCGAUUUUACAUCAGUCUCCUCCUUUCUACCCCAGACGACUUCGUGUCAGAUUAAUUUCCCCUAUUCUUCCAACAUAGCUCAAGUCCAACCUGUUCGAGAAGUCGCUUUCAGGGAUUACGGACUGGACCAUCCCAAAUGGCACUACAGGGGCAAUUACACGUCUUACUACUCAACGGACGAGAUAAUGCACCGGGACUUAAUCCAGUCCUCCAGCAGCAGGGCGGAUGUGAUAUUCAAAAACGAGUCCUUGUAUGGCCACCACGGAGGGACAGGCUCGCCUUGCAAUUUCUUUACCAGCGUGGGUCGAAAUGGGGUUCUUCCCCAGGGCUUCGACCAGUUUUUUGACACUCCUAACUCGGACAAGCCUAACGCGGAGCUCCCCAAACAAAAGACAGACUAUAACGUUCCGGGUGAUGCUGCGAAUAACAAUCAGGCUGUGACCAAAGUAGAACAACACAAAGCUGAUCAAACCGGGAACGUCGACGAGGACUCGUCCUCCAACUGCAGCGACAAGAUCAACCAGCAAAGUUCAUCAACCAAGUCCAGGAAGAAGAGGUGUCCCUACACCAAAUACCAAAUCCGAGAACUUGAACGAGAGUUUUUCUUCAAUGUGUACAUUAACAAAGAGAAGCGACUCCAGCUGUCCAGGAUGUUAAACCUGACAGAUCGGCAAGUGAAGAUUUGGUUUCAGAACAGAAGAAUGAAAGAGAAAAAGCUAAACCGCGACCGUCUACAGUAUUUCACUGGGAAUCCUUUGUUCUGAUACCUGGCA